CUGUUCAUACUUUAUCUUGCUUUAUCAUCUAUAUCGUGCAGUUGUUUUGGUUAAAGCAAGCAAGGACGGAGAUAGUCAGUCCAUUGUACAUUUUCACAUAGCGUGCUCGCGUCAUCAAUUCGGCGUGUUCAAGAUAAACCCAAAGGAGAUUGAUCCCCGCUUGUCUGCUGUGCGUCGAACCGCUCCCUUUUUACUUCAUUCCGAAAGUUCAACGACGGUUGUAAUCACAGAAAAGUGCCACCGCGUCAGUUAAAAUUUCGGCUCCAACAUGGAAGGGACGAAACUGGAUAUUGCUGCGAAAGAAAAGGAACCUUUGUCGCCGUCGGCCACAUAUAAGCAGAUUCCCGAAGACGACAUGGAAGGCAAAGCGAAGAACGUUGUGCAGGAGUCAAAUGGGCAUGAACCCGACGGCGCUGAUGAGAAAAUGCUCUCCAAGGAGGAUACUAAAGUCAGCUCCAAUUCCAAGAUCAGUUUAACUGAGGUUAAAUUUACCACCAAUGAGAAGAAUGGAGAUGCUAAAUUGGACAUUGGAGAGGUCAAAGGAGAAUUCGUGGGCCUGACCAAGGAAGAGUUGAUGAAAUGUGCGAAUGACCCCUUCUGGGUGCGUCUUCGUUGGUUCCUCUUUAUUGUGUUCUGGCUACUAUGGGCUGGUAUGUUGAUCGGCGCUAUUAUGAUCAUUGUGGCUGCGCCAAAGUGCACACCACCUCAGCCAAAGACCUGGUGGGAACAAGGUCCACUUCGUAAACUUGACGAUAUCAAAUCUGAGAUUACCAAUGAACUUGCCUCGACUAAUCACGGUUUCAUCCUGACACUUCCACAUGACACAUAUGCACCUUUGAACACAACGCCUGGCCUCGAAGCAUUUCUUCAGAAUAAUAAAGAUCGUAAUAUCAUUAUUGAAUUAAAUCCGACUGUUUCGGAUGUUUGGUUCACUAACUCCGAGGGCAAAACGGACGACUACGUUGAUUAUUACAUCUGGAGAGGUCAAGAAGGUGCUCAAAAUGAUCCACCCAACAAUUGGCUUGCCAAGGCGUCCACCGAUGAACUUAAGAAGUCGGCAUGGGUAUACUCUGAGACACGUAAACAGUUUUACUACGCACCUGAGGGCGCGCCACACCUUAACUUCCGUAAUCCUAAAGUUGAGGCCGAGUUUAAGGCAGUACUGAGUCGCUACAUUGAUGCAGGCGUUGAUGGUUUUAUGUUGAAAAACGUCCCGGGUCUUUUGGUCGACGAAGCGUUUAAAAAUGAGGGCUUAGUAAGUACCCCUGCUAAUGUUAACUUAGACGACUACAGGUUCUACACGCAUACGAGGACUGAGAAUCUUGAGGAAGUUCAGCCGAUUGUGCGUCAAUGGAGGGAUAUCAUCAAGAACAAAACCAAUAACGGUGUGCUGAUGCUUAGCGAUGAAUUGACUUCGCUCAAGCCGUACAAACACAACGGAACAUUAUUGGUUGACUUGCCUAAGCAUAGGAAUGCUUUUGAUCACGAUGAGCUCACGGCGCCGCAACUUGUGAAAGAAAUUGAAGGAGCUUCCACUUUCUUGGAGCAUAAUUGGCCGGCGUGGAAUAUUGCCCAGUCGUCUUAUCCUGAUGGAACACUCGAAGUAGUAGCGUACUUACUUAAGGGUUCGCCGAUUCUGAACAAAAACUUUGAGGUCACUGAGGAUCUGAAGGAAGCCAGAAGUUCACCAUCGGUUCUUUUUGGCGUACAGAAGUUAUACACAGCAGCGAAUGACACCAUUUUUGCUUAUACAAGGACUUAUCCUGGAAAUCCUGGUUAUUUGGUAGCAUUCAAUCCGACUGAUUACAAGGUCGUUGUUGAUUUUGCAAAGGAUAUACCGGAAAUUCCUGAGGAGUUUACAGUGCAGCAUUUCACUUCUAACUACAACGAAACUAAUGUUGAGUUGGGGCUUAAGAAACCGGCGCACGACUUCCCAAUUUCACCGAAGUCGGCGAUUAUUUUGUCCUAUGUGCCCAAGGCAGCUGAAUAAUGAUAAAACCAUGGAAAUGCAUUUAAGAGUAAAGCUUUUAGUGUUUCGUAUCAACUUCAAUUUUGAUUCUAAAAUUUUCAAGGUAAUAAAAGGCAAGCAUUGAAA